UCCUCGCCUCACUUUCCCGGGUUACCUGUCAAGUGCGCCUCUGGCGGGACGCCUUGAAGGCUGCGGGGGACCCCUCGCGCUUGUACCGCUCGAAGGUCGGCGGCCGCUGCGGAAGCGAAUGCGGGAGGCAGCGCGGACACGUUGAAACGCGCCGCAGUUUGAAGUCCAUGGCCUCUGAAGAUCUUGCAGGCCAGUUACCAAAUUUCUACAUCCGACAGAACUCCUCAAAUGCAGUUUCUCUAGAAUUUGACUCUGAUGUCAACUAUCAGUUCGUGGAAAUCUUAGAUGAACGAUACAAAUGUACACACUGCCACCUUGUCCUCCAUAAUCCGCACCAGACAGGAUGUGGACAUAGAUUUUGCCAGCAUUGCAUUGUUUAUUUGAGAGACUUAAAUACAGUACCUAUAUGUCCUAUAGACAAUGAAAUAAUAAAACAUCAGGAGGUUUUUAAAGAUAAUUGCUGCAAAAGAGAAGUACUCAAUUUGCAAGUAUUUUGUAAAAAUUCACCAGCCUGCACUGCAAAAUUAUGUCUAGGGCGAUACCAGGAUCACCUGCAACAGUGUUUGUUUGAAACUGUGCAGUGUACUAAUGAAGGCUGUCAUGAAAAAAUUGUUCUGAAAGAUUUAAAAGAACACCUUAUUCAACAAUGUAACUUUCGAAAAGAACAGUGCCAGUACUGUAAACAGCCUGUGAUAUCAGUUAAUUUAAAGACUCAUGAGAAAGUAGAUUGCCCAGAUUAUCCCUGGAUUUGUCCCUAUGGCUGCAUGCAGAUGAUUCUGAUGAAAGAGGCAGAAGAUCAUGUUUUGGUAUGUCCUGAAAUGGAAAUUGAUUGUCCGUAUAAAAAGUGUGGCUGUCCUAAAAAGAUUAAAAGAAGCAAGCUUUUAGAACAUGAGAAUAUCUUCUUGAAAGAACAUAUGCUACAAAUUGUAGAUAAGAACUCAAAGCUGGAAGAUCAGAUUUCUGACCUUUAUAAGAGCCUUCAAUAUAAAGAGAUAAAAAUCUUGCAACUAUCAGAUAUGAUUAAAAAUUGUGAGAGAGAAUUCAGACAAUUUUCACAGCUAUUUUGCAAAAACAGCAACCUGCUGGCAAGCACUCAGAUCGCCAAGCUAUCUGUAGGAGUUCAGACUUUGGCCAUUCACAUUGAUAAAAAUAUCUUCCUGGAAACACAAGUAAGACAGCUGGUACAAAAGACAAAUCAGCAGCAAAGCAAACUGGACUUGAGAACACUACUGGACACUGUUGAUAACCUAAAGCAGAAAGUCGCUCUUCUUGAAUCAUAUAAUCAACGUCUAGUUGUUCUAGAAGACUUGGCUACCCAACAAGAUGCUCUCUUCAGAAUGCACAGGGCACAACUUAACAAAAACGAAGAACGGUUCAAAAUUUUGGAAGGAGCAAGUUACAAUGGAAAAUUGAUCUGGAAAAUUAUGGACUAUAAAAUUAAGAAGAAAGAAGCUAUAGAAGGGUGCAGCCUCUCCAUAUUUAGCCAAUCUUUUUAUACCAGCCAUUGUGGAUAUAGAUUAUCUGCCAGAGCAUAUUUAAAUGGAGAUGGCUCAGGACGAGGAACUCAUGUUUCAUUGUAUUUUGUAGUGAUGAGAGGAGAAUUUGAUUCAUUAUUACCAUGGCCUUUCAAGCAAAAGGUUACACUUAUGCUUCUGGAUCAAAGUGGAAAGAAAAAACAUAUAUGUGAAACUUUCAAAGCUGAUCCUAACAGCAGCAGCUUCAAAAGGCCAGAAGGAGAAAUGAAUGUGGCUUCUGGGUGUCCUCAGUUUGUUGCACACUCUGUGUUGGAAAAUACAAAAAAUACCUACAUCAAAGAUGAUACACUCUUUCUGAAAGUAAUGGUAGACUUGACUGAUCUUGAGGAAUUAUGAAAGUACCCAUUGUAAAACAGAGUGAAUACUUGUAUGCUCUCUGGAUUCUUUCAAAUCUAUGAAAGCUGUUCUGUGGUCUACCAAGCUGUUCUUUGUAAUUUUGAGACUGUUCUAUUUUUGUAGUUUUAAAAUGUUGUCUUAAUAAAACAUGUUCAUGGUUCAGAGUGAAUUAUAAA